GAAAAGUAUUAUUGAAUAGUCGAGAUAAAACUGUGAACAGUUGCAAACAGUUAGGCGAAAGAGUUGUCGUUCAACUCGAUAACAAAAGUGAAAUACGAAAAGAUAAAUCCAACAGAAUCGCAUCUUCUGUCAACAAUUGCUUAAGUGUCCAACCAUCAAGUCGACUGUUUUCAUUUCAAAUAUUGUUUCAUUUUUCAAUUUUAUCCACAAAAACAAAGCAAAACAAGGAAAUUGAAUAACUUUAGUCUAAUUCAUCUCUUGGUUUGCUUUUUAUUAUUUCAUUUUUUGCUUCUCACCUCAACUUUUCAACCUGAAAACGCAAAACAAAAACUGAUAACAAAAAUGAUGAUAAUGAUGACAAACAAUCGAUUGACAAGUUUUCCAAUCAGCAACAUGAUUCUAUUCUGGAUAACCAUUGUUUCAAUCAUCGUUCAAGCAUCACUAUUGCCUAUUGAUGAAGACACCGAUAAGAGGACGGGUCAUAAUAUAAUGAGAUUUGGCCGUCAAGCUGGACAUAACAUACUCAGAUUCGGUCGCACUCCAGGUCAUAAUAUAAUGAGAUUUGGUAAACGAGAAGAAUCCAAUUCAGCUCCUGGUAGUUCAUAUGAAAUAAGUGAAUCCAAAUUGCCAUCAAUUGAUCAAGGAAACAUUAAUCGUUACAUUUUGGAUCAACUAUCACCUUCAUCUUCAUCUUCAUCCUUGUCUCCAUCCUCAUCAUUGUCAUCUUCAUCUCCAUCUUUAUCUGGUUUAGCUUUUAAUGGAUACGAUAUGAAUGCAUCUCCGCUUGCAGCAUAUGGUUACUAUGGACAAGCUUCACCUUUAACUGCAUUAUUUUACAAUCAACGAAGUCCAGGAGCUUUACCUUAUCAACAAGCUAAAAAGGGAAGACCUGAAACUGACCAUGUAAUCAUGCGAUUUGGUUAACAAAAAAAAAGAUAUCAUUAAUGGUUGACUUAAACAAAGAAACAGCAAAAUACUCACAAUAAAUUACAAAAAUUGAUGAUGAAAAGUGAGAGUAUUAUAAAUAUAUAAAUAUAUUAAAAAACCAUCGAUAACAUCAUUAACAUCAUCAGCAAUUACCAUCAACGUUAGAAGAUAAAGCGAUUAUUGUUAACGAACAAAAAGUAUCAAAUCGAUUAAAAGAUGGGUCAAACCUGGCAACUAAUAUUAAUCAAGAAAACAGAACAUCUUUUGCUUUAAAUGAAAUCCAUUCCUUUAAAAAAAAGUACACAAAAAUAGAUGAAAACAAUCAAAUCAAGAGAAAUUAUAAAAAAAAUAUUGAAACAUUAAUAAUGUGCUGCAAAUCUUUGUGGAAGAAAAACAUUAAAAAUAACUCUUUUAACACCGUCCUUAUUAAUUGGGCUUUUCACUUUUCAUCAACUAGGCUUUUAAUUUUGCAUCAACGUCAGCUUAACCGAGUAUCUUCAUUGAUUAUGGAACAAAAAUAUGGAAUUUCCAUGUCUGAAUGAUUUGAUAAAAAAAGGUACAUGCAAUAGUUGAAGGUUUAAACAAACAGCAAAGCUAAGUAUAUGAAAAAUGAAAAGCCCAAGUUGUUUUAGUUUCAGAUUUAAGAUUUACCCAUCUCAAGAUUAAUCACAAAUCAACGGAAAGUGAGAAAAGAAAAUCUAAAUUAAUCUAUCGAUUAAUCUUAAUUAAUUACCAUUUCUUGUUAUUUUUACUUUACUUUUGUCCAUGCAUUCAAUGAUUGGUUUGCUGUAACUAUUUUUCCCAUUACAUUUUCCAAUGGUUAUCCUUUUGUUUAACUCUAUCACUCUUUCAUCCGUUAUUAUUGAUACUAUUGUUAUAUUUUUGGCUGGUUUAUAUCUUGAAUCCACAGUUUAAUUAGAUUGCAAGCACAUCUUUCAUUAUAAUCUUGAUUUUCAUCUCCAUCUGGUCCAAUCUUGAUAAUAUUUCCUUUAAAAUCUCAACCCAAGAAGGGUAACUUCAUUUCGCGUAAUCUUUUCAUCUUUUUCCAAUUCUUUAUCCAGCUUUUUCUGAAUUACUUUCCUGGCUCUUCAUCAUAACCAUCAUCAUCGUCACUCCUUAACAUUUCAUCUUUAAUCCUUCUAGUCUGCUUUCCUCCUCUUUGGUUAUCACUUUAAACACCAAUCCAUUGCAAUUCCAGUUUAUUUUGUGUUCUCAUGUAUUUUUCACCACAAAAACCCAAAGCACUGAACAAAACAAAAGAAAAAAAAAUAGAAAAUAAAAGACGUGUUGAAAUGUGAGAGUUAAUUGAACAAAAACAAAACCUUAUCAAUUUUUCUGUGUUAAUUGUUAAAACCAUAUUAAUUUCAACAUGCCUUAACACUUGUUGGAAUAUUAUUUAAAAUGAAAAAUACAUUUAUGUUUGAUUGUAUGUGUUAAUCAAUAUCAUAAUCACAAAAGCAAAACAUCUCCUUUUUUGCAUCUUUUUGGUUAUAAUUAUAAUCAUGUUAAUUAUAGUUGAUUGUUGAAAUGGCAAUUCUUGUAAAUAAUUUUUGACGGACAAACCCCUUUACGAAUGAAAAUCGUCAACCUUUCAGAGAAGACAUUUAAAAUUAAAUGGAUGGCGAUAUGAAUAGAA